CUCUCCCUCCCCCUGCUGGUUCGCGCUUACUUCGCUCCCGGCUGUGCUCCGGGCUUCAGCCAGGUCCCAGCUGCCUGCGAGGCGGGAGGACGCGAUCUGCAGCGGACCAGGCAGCCUGAGCUGGAGGACUGUUCGGGUGGGCUGUCUGUCUAUCUGUUCUCCCUCUCGCACCCCACACCCGCACUCAGCACUCCCAGGGCCGCGCCGCCUCCGUGGUUCCAGUGAAGGCGAGCGGGAGAGCUACUUCGGCCCGCCGGGCGCACCGGGCUCCGGCACGCACCGCGCAGCUUCGGCGGCGUGUGCCCCGCAGCUAAAGCGGGAAGAGCGGGGACACGGCUCCCGGAGAGCCCCGACUGCACACCCCGCAACCAGCAGCGGCCCCUCGGUGUUGUCCCGGAGGAGCCCGCCCGCCCACCUGCGGGGUGGAGCGGGACCCCGGGCUCCGCCGCCGGCCCCUUGCGCUCAGUGUCCCGCGGUGCCGGAGCUCACCAUGGCUGGGGCGCGCAGGCUGCUUGGGCUUUGGCUCGGCUGCUUCUGCGUGAGCCUGGCGCGGUGCGAGACCCCGGAACGGCGGCUCCCCGAGCUCCACGGAGCCGCAUCCGGAGAGCGCCCGGCAGGUGGCGUGAGCCCCGAGCUGCCGCCGCACGACCAGGUGUCGGAGCACAUGCUGCGGCUCUAUGACAGGUACAGCGGCGGCGGCGGAGUCCCCGCGCCGCGAACGCCAGGCUCCAGAGAGCGGGGCUCGCGGCACCGGCGCCCCCAGCCCGCGCGCGAAGGCAACACGGUCCGGAGCUUUCGGGCGGGAGCAGCAGGAACACUCAACAGCAAAGGACUACAUAUUUUUAAUAUGACUUCUCUAACCAAGUCUGAAAACAUUUUGUCUGCUUCACUGUAUUUCAAUAUUGAAGAGCUAGUAAAUGUCAGCCUGAGUUGUCCACUGUCCCAAGGAUGCGCUCCUCAUGAGCAGCGGAAACACAUUCGUAUUGAUCUCUCUGCAUGGAUCCUCAGUUCCAACCCAAACCAAAGUCAUCUCCUGGGUCGUCUGUCAGUUGAUGCAGCUGGACCUCAUCAGGAUGUAGGAUCCUGGCUCUCUAAAGACAUCACUCAGCUUUUGAGGAAAGCCAAGGAAAAUGAUGCAUUCCUCAUAGGAUUCAACAUAACAUCCAAAGCAUGCCAGGUAUCAAAGAGGAUGUUACCUUUUCAGGAGCCUUAUAUCUUGGUGUAUGCCAAUGAUGCUGCCAUCUCUGAGCCAGAAAGUGUGGUAUCAAGCUUCCAGGGACACCGGAAUUUCCCUAACAGAGCUGUGCCCAAACUGGACAGCCACAUCAGAGCUGCCCUGACCAUGGAACGGAGGAAGAAGCGCUCUACAGGGAUUUUGUUGCCUCUGCAAAACAACGAGCUCCCUGGUGCAGAGUAUCAGUAUAAAGAGGAUGGGGUAUGGGAUGAAAGAAAGCCUUAUAAGACUCUUCAGACACAGCCCACUGAAAAAAGCAGGAACAAAAAGAAACAGAGGAAAGGACCUCACCAGAAGAGCCAGACUCUCCAGUUUGAUGAGCAAACCCUAAAGAAGGCAAGAAGAAAGCAGUGGAUUGAACCUCGGAAUUGUGCCAGGAGAUACCUUAAAGUGGAUUUUGCAGACAUUGGCUGGAGUGAAUGGAUUAUCUCCCCCAAGUCUUUUGAUGCAUAUUAUUGCUCCGGAGCAUGCCAGUUUCCCAUGCCAAAGGUAGCCACUGUUUUUUGCCCUUUACUUACUAUUUCUACAGAAUACAAAGAGGCUAAAGCGAAUCAGAGAGACAGAGAGAGAGAGAGAGAGAGAGAGAGAGAGAGAGAGACAGACAGACAGACAGACAGACAGGCAGACACAGAGAGAGAGAGAAUGAGAGAAUGCAUGUUUUCAUUCACAAAAUCCAUCUGGGCCCUGAUGUGCUACAUUAAAGUAUAAUAGGUAAUAUGGUUAUGUUUGAUUUUUCUCUCAUGGUUAUUAAAGUAUUAUAAGGUCAGUAUUGGUAUAAACAAUUUGAAAAAAGGAUGUGUAAAAUAUACAUUUUCUUUGCUUCCAAACAUGGUGUGCACUGAGUGAUGUGGGAAUAUGUGAAUCUCUACCUGUCCACAUUAAGCAAAUCCCAAGUGACAGAAGGCUGAUCUUGAGGAGUAUUCAUGAAAUGAGUGAAUGGUGUGGAUGUAGGGAAGUACUAAUUGGGUUGAUGGUCUUCCACAGGACAUUUUUUUAAUAGGUAGUUUCUUGUGAGAUGAGUUGUCCCCAUAGAGCUGAGGAUCAGGGUUUGGUUAGGUAAAUCUGCUUCAUGAAAUCCAUCAGAUGCUUAUUUCAUUUGCUUCCCUCCUAAAUAUCAAAAAAGAAAGCAAAAUGGAUUAUGAUGAUUCUGUCGACUUCUUCCAAGGCCCAUUGUAGCCUAUCAAAAGUUACUUAUUUCUUCCAAGACCAAUGAAGACUGUAUUUUAUAUUAUCAGUGUUCUGUGUCCUGACAAAGAUAUUUUCAGAAGUCUUUCCAGCUCUCACUUCCAUCUUGCACAGCAAAUCCAAGUGACAGUUUUCUUUGAACUUAGAGCAUAAUCUAGAGUAAAAUGUAGGGGGUAUUCUCCAGCCUUCAGUUAUGCUUAUGGCUGUAUUUCUGUUCUCCACUUGAAACAGUUGGAAUCUCAGUCAUACAAUGAAAAAUGACUAAAGGAACUGAAUUCGGAGAAAGACUAUACCUUUUCUUUGCAAAACUUGAGUUAAUUUUGUUACUGUAUUAUAGUGGGGAAAAAAAGAUCCUUUGCCUUAGAUGUGACCAUUUUCUGCUUAGAGGCCUUUAUAGAAGCAUUUUUAUGUGCUGGUCCUAUCUAUGAUGAUUUGUUGGACUGCAUGAGAGUCAGCCUUGGGGCCACAAACUUCACUGAAAUCCCCUUUUUUCACUGGAAUGAUUCUGAAAAUGCAGGCUUUACAUUUUUCUAAGACCUUGUUGUUUCCAAGGAUUUCUGAUGAUUUCAUGCCUUGUAAACACAAAGUGAUAUAUGUACAAUCAUAUAAAGUCUGUUCUCAUCUGAAGAUUCAUAAAUGACAUUUCAUUGAUCAAACAAGAUUCAUUCAAAUGGGAUGACAUCUAAAAAUGUACACACAAGAGAAAUGGCAAAUGUAACAGGUAGAGAUGGAUCUUUAUUUUAUAGCAUGGCUUGCCUCGUGACAUUCAGAACCAAGAAUGAAAUUUUAAAAUCUAUUUUUUACUCCAAGAUUUCAGGUAGAAUUUGGGUUGUUCAGAAGCCUCCGUCAGCUCUUCUGGGUACCCCGGGAAGAAGUUUUUCUCUUCCCUUCUGAUUCUUUCAGGCUCCACAGAGCCUUACUAACAUGGAGAAUGUCUGUUGUUUCACUGCUUAUCUCCCAACUUAAGAGAACUGGCUCAUUUUUAACCCCUCCCCCAUUGGCACCCUUGUCUUCUCUUGGUUUUGCCUGGUCUUACUUUUCACAAACAAGAUAUCAUUUCAGAAUGACCUUGCUAUAUUUCUCAGUGAUGAGGAUGAUCAUUUAUAGCUCCAUGGCAUAAGGGCCACGUGGCAAGUGCAAGCUCCUGAAGUCAAUUCCGGGUCCCUAAUUAAUUAAUAUUAAUUUAGCCCAGUGCCAUAGCUCACACUUAUAAUUCUAGCACUCUGUGAGUGCUGAGGAAAAAAGAUUGUAGGUUUGAACCCACCCUGACCAACUUAGUAAUUAGCAAGUCCUUGUCCCAAAACUAAAAAUCAAAACAAAAAAAAAUUAAAAGGUCUUAUGACACAACUCACUUUGAGGGUCCUGGAUUUAAUCCCUAUACUACAAUCAAUCAAUUAAUUGAUCAGUCAGGCAAUCAAAGAAAACAAUGACGGCUAAAUUAAAACUAGCAGUUAAAUUUAAGGAAAGAACUAUGUUGUUGCUACAGAAUAAUUAAGUAGACAUACUUCAUCACAGCAGGCUUAAGCCUUAAUUCACCUACAAACUGGGGUGUUGUUAAUAUGUACAUUCUGAUUCAGUGGAUAUGGGAGCAGAACCUAGGGUUCUGCAUAUCUAACAAGUGAUAUGGGUGUUGUGGGUUCACAAAUCACACUGAGAGUCAAAGUCUUUUAGUCUAACUUUUGAUUCUAUCCUUACCAGCUAUGAUUCCUUGGAUAGGUUUCCUUUUCCUGAGAUGGGUAAAAUAGUAAACAGUAAAAAUAAAAGUACUUACCUAAUAAAAAGAAUGACAAAUUGAGAUAGUAGAACACCUUGCAGUAAGUACAUAUUCAAAAAAUAUUUACUAUUGAUUAUUACUCAUGGCCAUGUAGAGACUGAGGAAAAUAGAAUUUAAAUGUAGGGGGCUGAAGAAAUACUAUGAGGUAUAAGGGGACAAAAAAAAAGUGACAAGACCAAAACAGUUUUUUCAGUGUUUCUGUAAAUACCAUUUUCCAGCAUCACAAAGCUGAGAGUAGAACUCUCCCUGUGGGUUCAGCAGCCUGUGAGCAACUCCAGUGUGGUCCCUUUGGAAAGUGGUGGGCUCCACAGUGCAUCCACUGCAGCAGCUGGACUCAGGAUGAUAGCUGUCCAAACUUGGAACGGCACCAGAGCUCUGGGAAGGCACAACACGCAUGCAUGUGGAGCUUUGUCUUGGGGCCUGAAAUUUCCUUUUGCCAAGUUGAGAGUGGAAGUUUGGCCAUUACAGAGUCCCCACUCUCUCAUCACCUUAUGUGGGUCUGCUCAAAUUUUAAAGCUUUCUAAGCCUUGUGUCUUUCAAGCGGUCCCAGAACCAGAAGGAUAGGAAUCAUAAGGAAAAAGGAAAGCCCAAUUACAGAGCAUCUCGGCUUUCAGCACAGUCUCCGACAUGGCAGGAGAGAGAACUAUAGAAAUAAAAUUCUAGUCCGACCAUCAGGCAAGUGAAUGUCUCUGAUCAGAGCAGGAGGACACAUGCAAUAACUGAAACGCCAAAGCACUUUCCUACUUUAGAUAUACAUUUCACCCCAGAGAACAACUCUCCCGGGCCAGACUCCUCUGCUGGCCCUCCUCUUUUUUGGCCUCCUGACUGCCAGAAAGCUUGCUCUAUAUGGUGGGGCUGUUCGUCUGCAAAAGUCGACAACCUGCUCUGUAAUGCAGAACAGCUGUGCUCUCCCUUUCCCAAAUUCCAGGCUUUGCCCUUUCACUGAUUCCAAUUAGAUAGUUUCUGGGCCAUCACACCCAUGUGGGCUGGACUGGAGAGUGUGGAGCAAAACCUCCUGGCUGGGGUCAGGAAUGAAGGCGCUUGGCUGAUGACAUCCUCUCCCCUGCUAAUGCAUUUGUAAUCAAAUUCAACGCGAGGACAUCGCACACAGCUUGGCAGGUGCAGGCCUAACCACUGCAGAUUUCAUUCACAGACACGGCAGUUUGAAUUUGUCUGAUUUUUAGGCUUCACAGCCAAUCUAUUGUCCCAGAGAGAGACUCUUGGAAUUUUGCUGUGAGAUGAAAAUUACCCAUAAAACUAAAGCCAAGUUCUAUGCCUUUGCCUUCCUUACCACCUUAGCAGAGAUGGAAAAUAGACAUUUCAAAUGAAAACAAUUGAGCCACUGUUGCUGAAAGAAAACCAAGGAACCAACAAGGAUUAAAGGCAUGAAGUUACUUUUGCUCGAAAUUGUGCAAAAGCUAGGAAUUGCAAAGAUACUAGAAUAAGGCAGUAAAUAACUGAGCCAAGCAUCCCAUAUAAAGAAAUGCAUAUUUAAAGAGUUCAAAAUGGUACAUACUGAAUGAAUUUCCUGAAUUUUCCAGUUCUAGUCUUUGAACAUGAAGGCGAACACUAAAAACAUUACAUCUUGAUGUACUCAGUUACUUAAGCAAAAGUUACCUGGGUAUAUUUUACCAUCUUUAAAAAGAGAGAUUGGCAAGGGAAAGAUUAUUGUUAUAUUUCUUAAGCUUAGUAAAGAAAAUCAUAGGAAACAUGAUCUGAGUUCAAAAACAAAUAAAAAUCAUGCACUGGCAAUAUGCUUCACACCAGCAAAUUACAGCAUGGGUCAUCUAUGCACGACAUAAUUAUUUCUGGUAACGCAGCUUGACCAGAGGAUUUCAUACUGAGGAAAAAGGGGCACUCCCUAGCAAUCUGAGAGGUUCCUGAUAAGAAACACCAACCCCAAAUCUAGGGCUCACACCCGCACUCUGAUAAACCCACUAGAACUACUGCUGUGCUCAGCUUCUGAGUCCAUCAUGUCUGAGUUGGAACUAAGGACAGGAAUUUUCCUAGGAAACACCCGUGAAUAUUUUCCGUAUCUACGCUGCACUGUUUGAGCAGACAUUUUAUUCCUAUUGAUGGAAAUUAUUUCCAUAGAAAUAGGUACAAAGGAGGGCAAGCUGCUUCUUAGAAGUAUUUCAUCUAUUCUCAAUGUUUCUCUAGAGCCUGCACCGUUCUAGGCACCGAGGAACAGCAAAGUACAGCAGUCUUUAUUGCUAAAGGACUCAUCUAAUUACGCAGACCUACUUUGCAUGAAAUUAAAAUAUCAGAGGUCAGCACACAUUAACAAAAUAGUGUCAGAAAAUGCUGGUUUAAGGAACUCUCGGGGUUUCUGACAAGCUGGAUAAUUGAGUCUUCAGAAAAACUUUGAAGUCAAUAAAAAAAAGUGGAUGGUGUUUUGGGUUUUGUUUGUUUAUGUAGGACAUUACCAAUACUGAUGAAAUAACAAGCAGUGGCUGUUGACAUGUGUGACACAGUGCAGUUUAUGUAAAAUACACAAAUAUUGAUGACACAAGGGACACAAAGUAAAGUUGUCUGAAUUAAAGCUGAUUAACUGAACGUUAACUCUUCUUUUAAUAUGUAAAGUUUCUAGGAAGAAGUAAAGUCAGUUGCUGGUUACUAAGACUAAUUUUCAAAAUUAUUUACAACUAUUCGCAAUCAAAUUGAAACCUAAUGUCUGGAUAAUUUUUUUCAAUGAAAUUAAAAAAUGAGGUGAGACAAAUCAGGUUUUUCCACUCUACCAAUAAGAACCUUUUUGGUUUGUUUUCCUCUCCCUUGGCUUGCAUGUUCCCUUAACCUUUAUUGUACUUUCUAAUGCUGCAGUUGGGGAGUUUGAAAUUUAUGUCCUAAAUCUUUGGGGUUUGGAUUUAACUCUUAUCCUGACUUGAUCUCUGGAAACUUACAAAGUUCUGUUUGAAGUCUAUUGUUUUGGGGGUUUUUUGUUUUGUUUUGUUUUUGUUGUACAGGAUGAGACCCAGGGCCUCAUACAUGCUAGACCUAUGAGUUACACCUAUAGCCCCAGAUACCUGUGGCUAAAUGUGUUUUAAAACAAAAGUAGAGUAGCUUCCCUCAGCGAAGAGAAACUGGGGACAACCGAUGUUGAAAAAUCCAGUACUUCUGGAGUUCUUCUGACCAUAGGGGUAAUUCCUAGUAUUCUGGACUUGCAAAUCCUUUGUUUUUAGGUACAACAGAGAAAUGUGGGACUUUCUAAAUAGAACCACAACGUUUCAUAUGGAUGUUAACGGUCUCAUUUGGAAUUCUCGCAGCGAAGGGAUUUAUCCCAGGUUUCUUUGGUCAAACUUCUGACAUCCGUGGGAUAACCUUAGACUCCCGCCCCAGUUCCUUCCCAGAGGACACAGCUUACACUUAGAACUCAGUGCUAGCAAGUAUUUAAACUUGCGAAGCAACAGUGACCCCCAGUGGUCACUGUUGUGAUCUUUCUAACCCAGGUUGGCAUUUCUGAAUGUUGAAUGAUUAACAUAGUGAUCAUCCAACUGAUCAUCUUGGCAAGUGUGAAAUAAAUAGAUAAAGGUCCUUUAUCCUGAUUAGUUUUAUUUUAAUAAUAUAACCACAAAUAUCUCUAUAAUCCUGACAGUAAUGUAUCUUCGUUAAAUAGGGCUCUUGUUAUAAUCAGUAUAACGUCGAGAACAAAUUAUUUUAUAGUUGUUGCUAUCCUAUUAUUGAAAACAUCUAGAAUAUGCUGGCCCCAUGGUUGGAUACUGUGUAACAUCAGCUAAAGGAACCGUUCAGAUUUUCACUCUAUCACAGCCUGUGUGAAUUCACAUGGGUCUUUUAAGCUUUUUGAGUCUUUGUAAGAAGUGGUGGCUUCGUUUUAGAAUUAGAGGAACUAUCCAUAAAAGGCCUGGGAGAAAGCCAGUGCUUCGUAAAUGAGAGUCAUUUGUGAAGGGCCCCAUGGGAAGUUAGGCUGGGUGUGCAGUUGGGGAGAUUCCAGGGUGUUGCUAAAUUGUCAGGAGAAGAUAGUGAUAUAAGCAUUUUGUGUGAUGAUAAGGAGAGAGCAGUAUGCAAGCACUUUCACCUAACUUAUGUGACCUCCUGUUUA